CCCGGAGCCGCCGCGAUGCCGCUGCUGCGGGGCUGGACGCUGCUGCUGGCGGCCCUGCUGCCCUCGGCGCUGCCGUCGCUGCUGGCCGCGGUGCCGCCCGCCUGCCCCGAGCGCUGCGAUCGCUCUCGCUGCCCGGCGCUGCCCGCAGCCUGUCCCGGCGGGCCCGUGCCCGACGCCUGCGGCUGCUGCCGCGUGUGCGGGGCCGAGGAGGGCGAGGCGUGCGGGGGCGCGGGGCCGCCCUGCGGAGAGGGGCUGCAGUGCGUGCUGCCGCCCGGAGCCGUGCCCGCCUCGGCCACCGUGCGCAAGCGGGCGGCCGCGGGGCGCUGCCAGUGCACCAGCAGCGAGCCCGUGUGCGGCAGCGAUGCGGUCACCUACGCCAGCCACUGCCAGCUGCGGGCCGCCAGCCGCCGGGCGGAGCGCCUCCGGCAGCCGCCCAUCAUCGCCAUCCAGCGCGGAGCCUGCGGGCAGGGCCAAGAACAUCCCAACAGCCUGAGGCACAAAUACAACUUUAUUGCAGAUGUGGUGGAGAAGAUCGCCCCUGCUGUGGUUCACAUUGAAUUAUUUCGCAAACUUCCUUUUUCCAAGAGGGAGGUUCCUGUAGCCAGUGGCUCGGGGUUCAUUGUCUCUGAGGAUGGGCUGAUCGUCACCAAUGCCCACGUGGUCACCAACAAGAACAGGGUGAAGGUGGAGCUCAAGAACGGGGAGACGUAUGAAGCCAAAAUUAAAGAUGUUGAUGAAAAAUCAGACAUUGCACUAAUUAAAAUAGAUUCUCAGGGUAAAUUGCCAGUUCUCCUGCUGGGCCAGUCUGCAGACCUGAGGCCAGGGGAGUUUGUGGUGGCCAUUGGCAGCCCCUUUUCCCUGCAGAACACGGUGACCACGGGCAUCGUCAGCACCACGCAGCGCGGGGGGAAGGAGCUGGGGCUGCGCAACUCCGACAUGGACUACAUCCAGACAGAUGCCAUCAUCAAUUAUGGGAACUCUGGAGGACCCCUAGUAAAUCUGGACGGUGAAGUCAUUGGAAUUAACACAUUAAAAGUUACAGCAGGAAUCUCAUUUGCUAUCCCAUCCGAUAAAAUAAAGAAGUUCCUCACUGAAUCCCAUGACAGACAAGCUAAAGGAAAAGCUGUAACCAAAAAGAAAUACAUUGGCAUAAGAAUGAUGUCACUAACCCCCAGCAAAGCUAGAGAGCUGAAGGAUCGCCAUAAAGACUUCCCUGAUGUUGUCUCUGGGGCCUAUGUCAUUGAAGUCAUUCCAGAAACACCAGCUGAAGCUGGUGGCCUGAAGGACAACGAUGUGAUUAUAAGCAUCAAUGGGCAGUCCAUAAGCUCAGCCAGUGAUGUCAGUGACAUCAUUAAAAAGGACAGUACCUUGCACAUGGUCGUGCGCAGGGGCAACGAAGAUGUGAUGCUCACAGUAGUUCCCGAGGAAAUCGACCCCUAACCAGAAACAUGAGCUGGAUUUCAUGUUUUCUUUUAACAGCAAUGGACUGCUUGUAUUCUCUCUGCUGGUACAGGAAAACGUUAGACUUCUGACCGACAUUCUGCUUGUUCAGUGGAUUAGUAUUGGCCAACAGAGUAACUUCUACUAGGUUUAAGGUGCAGAAUCAGUGUAAUUUCACAUACUCCAGAUGAUAAUUUUUUUUUUUCCUUCUGUAUUAUGUAUGCAAUGUAUUCUUUACUGGCUUUUACAUCCCCUGCUUAACGAAUCGAUGUUUGCUUCCCUGUGUUGAGUAGAUUUCCUGUCAUUUCCUCUAAGACUUAAACAAAACACAACCCAUGCACACAAUGUGUGUUGUGGCAUUCAGGUAUUUAUAGGUUAGCUGUGUUUUAACUGGAAAUGCCAUUGUAAAGGAGUAGUCAGCGUAAAAGAAAGCACAAUUGGGAAAUAAAGUUUGGUUUAUAAACACAAAAGGAAUCCCAGCCCAAAUAACCUCCCGAGGACCCCGUGCAGGACUUUAAUACUAUGAUAUUUUCCUAGUGUUAUUAAAAGAAUUCAACAGUA